AUGACGCCUGCGGCCUACAAGGCCUUCAAGCAGCAGGCGGUGAGGAUGAGCUCUGCUGGCGCCGAGGUCGGCCUGUCGAAUGGCAUGUGCCAGGAUAGACACGUGAACGACUUCCUCUUGUGCUUCCAGUGCUGGCUCUUCCGAACCUUCGGGGAUCCUAGAGGUGCGCCCUGGAGGCUGCGGCGCCUGGACCUCUCCAGGAACUCGCUGAGUGACGAGAACCUUUGUGCUGUCCUGGACGGCUUGAAGUCUCAGGAUGUUCGUGCCGGGGCGCCCAGCGGAUGGUCCCUGUUCUUUGGUCUUCUCUCGGCACUUCCUGGUGGCUACUUCUACCAGGCGGUCUACAUUGUCUCGGCUCCAUGGGGCGGCCCUAUUCUGCAGAUCGAUGGCGCUGUGGCGGCAUGCCCCUGUGACCUGCGCUUUCUUACCGACAUGGAAGAGUCGGACACAGAGCCGGCGGCGGGGCUGCGGCUGAAGUUCCCAUCUCCAACAGUGGCGGCGUACUUGGCGGAGCCCCAUGAAAGCGGCCGAAGGCUCUGA